GUUACCUCUAUUUCUUUGUUGCUGAAACCCACCUAUAGAUUGACAGCAUGUCACUGGUCCCUCCCCCAAAACUCAAACCUUAAUCUCUGUUAAUCUCUUCAUCCAUUGAAAGCAGUCAUGGCUGUUGCGAAGGAUCAUUUACUGUCCCUUGGGCAUUUUACUGCAACAGACAGGAAUACUUUCACCAUACAAAAAGAUCAUGCUUUAAAAAAGAGCAGGGAGAUGCGUCUGCAGCAACGUUGGUAUGAGCUGAGAGAGAGGGAGCUUACAGCUAAACAGCACAACAAAGAACUGCUGCAGCAGUUUGAUGAAGCCCAGAACACACUGAGAGAGAUGCUGGUCCAGACCGCUGCCAUGAAAAUGAUACGGAUGGAAUAUGAAAGGUACUUGCAGGAAAACUACCCCCACUGGCAGCAGCCACUCAAAGAGAAAACCCAGGCAGCUCAGACGAAGAGGAUCGAAGAAUGUUUGAAGACACGUCUGAAGAAUUCAGAUGAACAAGUGAUUAAAUCUCACACAGACCAGCCUUUAUACUCACAGGACCUGGGCAAAAUGCCAACGAAAGUCUCUGCUCCUCAAGAGUUCGACUACAGCCAGGACAGCUCCUCUUAUCGCAGGCUCAUGCAGUCCUCUUGGCUGACCCAGAGUCCAUCACAGACUGCUCUGUCUCCUAAAAGAGUCCCAAUUCAACCCCAGGAUUUACCUCAUGUCCCUCCGCCUUUCCUACAACCCCCAGUAUUUCCACAUCUUCAGCCAUUCCAGCUGCAGCACCUCUCUCCUACUCCUCAUCAUCAUCCUUUACCCCAGCAGGGACCACCAUCAGGCUGGACCUCCCACCACCCUGACUACCCAUGGUCCCGUGCUGCUGCUGGUGGCCUGUCAGGCUCCGAGGCUCUGUUAGGUCAGUUCUUUAUGGAUGAACCUCCUCUUGAAUCCAGGGUUUCGGUGACGGCUGGAGAAGAGGCUAACACCAGCAGAGCAGUAAACUCAAAAAGAGAAAGAGGAGGAGGCAACAGGAGCGGUCAUCUGUCCGAGGAACUGGACGUUAAACCAGUUCGUCUGUCCAACGGUCAGGCAGAGAGCGAUGAGAGCAGCAGAGAAUCCAGCCGAGGCAGCAGAGAAAAGAGGAAGAGGAGGAGGAGAUCAGAGAUGAACCCAGACAGAGAAAGUCACAGCUCUCACGAGUCAUCUCAGGCUUCAAGUGCUGCUGUUAUUGCUUCAGCCGCUGUGUCCAAAGGCUCAGAAAGUGACGUCUCGGAGAACAGCAGCAGCAGCAGGAGAAUGAGGAGGAGGGAGGGGCUGGCUGUUGAAUCACCAAAGAUGCUGAAGACAGAACAAAGCAAAGAGGAAAACUCAGGGAGUAACAAUACUGAGAGUGAGUCUAGUGCUGAGGGGUCAGGGAGUCAAACUGAAGGAUCUAUGAGUGAAAAAGCAGAGACUCAAAGUCCAGUCGAAAAAUCAGAGAGUUCUACAGAGGAGUCAGGGUCUCAAAGGGAGGAGCAGCCAGGAAAAAUGAGUAUGAAAGCUAAAAAUGAAGCAACAGAUGAAAAAGGAAAACAGGAAAGUAGCAGCUCUGAACAAAGCAGUGAGGAAGACAAGGAUGAGGAAGAAGAAGACCAUGAGAACAAUCUAGGAAAUGAAGAUGCUGCUGAAGAAAAAGAAAACAGCCCCCAAGAUGAAGAACAAGAUGAGGAUGAUGAUGGUAAGGUAUCUGCAAAAAACCCCAUAACGGAUGUAGAAGAGGUGACAGGAGCAGAGGAUGAGGAGGAGUCAGAAGAUCAGGAAGAUGAUGAAGAUGAAGAUUCAGGCGGUGUGGAUGGAAGAAAGGAGUCUUCCUCCUCUCAGGAUGAAGAUGAAGGAAGUGGGGAGAAGAUGGAAGGGGAGGGGUCUGAUGAAGAGGAGCAAAGGAGCAACAAAGGAGGAGUAGAAGAAGAAGAAAGAGACUCUGACGACAUCAUCAUUUCACCACAGGAGAACAGGUACAGAAAGAUACACGUUAUACCAGAGGAAACAGCUGAGGAUGAUGAAAGGAAGGAAGAAAAUAUAAUUCCAUCCUCAAAUGAUGAGGACGAUGGUGAUGAAGGCUCAGAUGAACACAGUGAGGAUGAUGAUAUUGAGCUUCUCCUAGCCCCUCCAGACGAAACACAGAAAAAGGAAGAGAUGGAGCUGAAACCUGAUGAAAUACACAAAGCAGUUGGUGAGAUGGUGCAGCGUUUCCGUGUGGAGCAAAAAGAAGAAUCGAUCAAGAGCGACUCUGAUGAGUUUGAUCAUUUUUAUGACUAAAUGUCACACCUGGAAAAACAACCAAAACCUACCUCAGUCAGAAUAAGAGAACUAUAAUAAACAGGUGCAAGAGUCUAAAUGUU